CAAACUCUUCAUAGCUAAAAUUUUGUGGAUAGCCCUGAAAAGCCUGAUCAGUCAUGCACUUGAAAGGCUCGGAGAGGGCCCAAUUUGUGGACUUCGAAGAAGACUUGCUUUAUGCAAAUUAAGUAUGAAAAAGACCCCAUCAGGAAGCAAACUAUGAUCGUUCGUUCCUUGCAUAUAUAGUGUGAUUGUGGUAACACUAACUUGCAGAAACUCUUUCUAUUCUCCCUCCCAGCCUCAGCUCAUCUUGAUGGGGAGUUUUUACGUGGUCUUCCUUGUAGGAUUGCUGUUAUUGCAGUCAUGUGUGGUCAAUUUGGCCAUUUCUCCCUCAAACUUCACUGAUCUGUCAGCUCUCCUUGCCUUCAAGUCUGAGAUCAAACUGGAUCCCAACAAUGUUUUGGGGAGUAACUGGACCAAAACAGAGAACUUCUGCAACUGGGUUGGUGUCUCUUGUAGCCGUCGAAGACAGCGAGUGGUGGUUUUGAGCCUUGGAGACAUGGGUCUCCAAGGCACCAUUUCUCCUCAUGUUGGUAACCUUUCCUUCCUUGUUGGGCUUGUUCUCUCUAAUAACAGUUUCCAUGGCCAUCUGGUACCUGAAAUAGGGCGUCUGCAUCGCUUGAGAGCACUUAUAGUAGAACGCAACAAACUGGAAGGAGAGAUCCCUGCAAGUAUACAGCACUGCCAAAAGCUUAAAAUCAUCUCUCUCAAUUCCAAUGAGUUUACAGGGGUCAUACCAGCAUGGUUAAGCAACUUUUCCUCACUUGGUACCCUAUUCCUUGGAGAGAACAAUUUUACAGGUACUAUUCCAGCUUCUUUGGGUAAUAUUUCCAAGUUAGAAUGGCUUGGUCUAGGUGAAAACAACCUCCAUGGAAUCAUUCCGGAUGAGAUAGGGAAUCUGAAUUUGCAGGCAAUUGCCUUGAACCUAAAUCACCUUACUGGAUCAAUACCCCCCUCCAUUUUCAAUAUCUCCUCCUUAACACAAAUUGUCUUUUCAUACAAUUCCCUUUCCGGAACUCUUCCAUCAAGUCUUGGUCUUUGGCUUCCAAAUCUUCAGCAACUUUUCAUAGAAGCAAAUCAGCUUCAUGGAAAUAUCCCUCUGUAUCUAUCAAAUUGCUCUCAGCUCACACAGUUGAUAUUAACAUCAAACCAAUUUACUGGACCAGUCCCCACAAGUCUAGGCCGUCUAGAACACCUCCAAACGCUUAUUCUGGCAGGAAAUCAUCUAACAGGUCCAAUUCCAAAGGAAAUUGGUUCCCUGAGGAAUUUGAAUCUGCUUAACUUGGCAGACAACAAUCUGAUCGGAAGCAUUCCAUCAACAAUUAAGGGAAUGAAAAGCCUGCAGAGGUUGUUUCUUGGUGGUAACCAACUUGAACAAAUUAUUCCUAGUGAGAUUUGCCUCUUGAGUAACUUGGGCGAAAUGAACCUCGGUUAUAAUAAUCUGUCUGGAUCAAUUCCAAGUUGCAUAGGAAAUCUUCGUUAUUUACAAAGGAUGAUCCUAAGUUCCAAUUCACUAUCCUCCUCAAUUCCAUCAAGCUUGUGGAGCCUUCAAAAUCUCUUGUUCUUGGAUUUCUCCUUUAAUUCACUGAGUGGAAGCCUUGAUGCAAACAUGAGAGCAUUGAAGUUGCUGGAAACCAUGGACUUAUAUUGGAACAAAAUUUCAGGUAACAUUCCAACCAUUUUGGGGGGCUUCCAAAGCUUGCGUUCUCUUAAUCUAUCAAGGAACUCAUUCUGGGGACCUAUUCCUGAAUCACUUGGUGAAAUGAUAACACUGGAUUACAUGGACCUUUCCCACAACAAUCUAUCCGGCCUGAUACCAAAGUCUCUUGUGGCACUUUCAAAUCUUCACUACUUGAAUUUGUCUUUCAAUAAGCUGUCAGGGGAAAUUCCAAGUGAAGGGCCCUUUGGAAACUUUACAGCAACAUCUUUCAUGGAGAAUGAAGCACUUUGUGGGCAGAAAAUCUUUCAAGUCCCACCUUGCAGAAGUCACGACACCCAAAAAUCCAAAACUAUGUUUCUUUUGAAAGUUAUUCUUCCCGUCAUUGCAUCAGUGUCAAUCCUUAUUGCUCUCAUUCUCAUUGUGAUAAAAUAUCGAAAGAGGAAUGUGACAGCACUGAAUUCAAUUGAUGUAUUACCUUCUGUGGCGCAUAGAAUGAUUUCAUAUCACGAGCUUCGUCGUGCAACAAAUGAUUUCUCUGAAGCCAACAUCCUCGGAGUGGGAAGCUUUGGUUCUGUGUUCAAAGGAGUACUUUUUGAUGGGACAAAUGUUGCUGUUAAAGUUCUAAAUUUGCAAAUUGAGGGUGCUUUCAAAAGCUUUGAUGCAGAAUGUGAAGUGCUUGUAAGGGUUCGACACAGGAAUCUCGUUAAAGUCAUAAGUUCAUGCUCCAACCCUGAGCUAAGAGCUCUAGUUUUGCAGUACAUGCCCAAUGGAAGCCUUGAGAAGUGGUUGUAUUCUCACAACUACUGCUUAAAUCUCUUUCAAAGAGUGAGCAUCAUGGUGGAUGUUGCAUUAGCUUUGGAAUAUCUCCAUCAUGGUCAAUCAGAACCUGUGGUGCACUGUGAUUUGAAGCCUAGCAAUGUCCUCUUGGAUGGUGAGAUGAUUGCUCAUGUCGGUGACUUCGGCAUUGCGAAGAUUUUGGUAGAGAACAAGACUGCAACACAAACCAAGACUCUAGGUACUCUUGGCUACAUCGCACCAGAGUAUGGCUCGGAAGGAAGGGUGUCCACAAGAGGUGACAUUUACAGCUAUGGAGUAAUGUUGUUGGAAAUGUUUACAAGAAAGAAACCCACUGAUGUUAUGUUUGUUGGAGAAUUGAGCUUGAGGCAAUGGGUUAUGACUUCAAUUCCGGACAAAAUAAUGGAAGUCAUAGAUGGCAAUUUACUAAGGAUUGAAGAUGGAAGAGAUGUGAUUGCAGCACAAGGUGACCUUUUGGCAAUAAUGGAACUAGGCUUGGAGUGUAGCAGAGAAUUCCCUGAGGAGAGGGUUGACAUAAAAGAGGUUGUGGUCAAGCUUAACAAGAUCAAAUUAAAACUAUUUUGAAGUAGGCAUACAUCUGUGUUUCAAUUUGUUACUUGAGUUCUUUUGAAGUAGUACCAUUUAGAUUUCUAUUUCUUACAUUCCUCAUUGAAAAUCAAGAGAAUAUGAAAUUUCCUUGUCAUCUUUUUAU